CCUUUAUGAACACUAUGCUACCUAGUCAGCUGCGGAGACAUCACCAUCCCUUUCACCUGCCGAACCUUUGCUGCCCCUCGACUGGGAAUCUUGCGUCGAACUUCCUCCCGCUUUUGCCCUCUCGCUUUUCUGGAGGGCUCGCAGGUGUGGUUGAAACGGAUCUGGGUACUACGGAGGAUGAAAGGACCCCGGGAUCGAUGGGCGUAAUACGAAAGAAGACCGCCUCGCGCGGCACGGAAGCUGGGACCAAAUAUCACUGUGAUAUCUGCUCUGUGGACGUGACUUCGACUGUUCGCGUGUCUUGCGCACACCCCUCCUGCCAUGAAUACGAUCUCUGCGUUCCCUGCUUCGCCGCCGGCGAAAAGUCGAAGAAUCAUGACCCAUCAACGCAUCCGUAUCAGGUUAUUGAACAGAAUUCGGUCCCGAUAUUUGAAGAGGAUUGGGGUGCCGACGAAGAGCUCUUGUUGCUCGAGGGGGCCGAGAUCUAUGGGUUGGGCUCUUGGGCUGAUAUCGCGGAUCAUAUUGGUGGCUAUCGAACCAAGGAGGAGGUGCGCGACCACUAUAUUAGCGCCUACAUUGGCAACCCGAACUUCCCUCUGCCGGAACGCGCCGAUCCAGACAACACGCGUCUUUCCGACUCCAUCUCAAAGGAGGAGUUCCAGUCGAGAAAGAAGCGGCGCAUCGAGGAGCGCAAAGAGGCAGCCAAGGCGGCACCACCAACUACACCCAAACAGAAACCCACAGCCAGUGUGCCAGCCUGCCACGAAGUUCAGGGCUACAUGCCGGGACGAUUGGAGUUCGAGACGGAAUUCAUGAACGAUGCCGAAGAGGCGGUGCAACAUAUGACUUUUGAACCGGGUGCGGGUGAGACAAUCAAUGGCGAAACGGACGCAGAGAUGGAACUGAAGAUGACGGUCGUCGAUAUCUACAACUCGCGGCUUACCGCACGAAUGGAGCGCAAGAAGGUUCUGUUUGAACACGGGCUUCUUGAAUAUCGCAAGAAUACAGCAUUGGAGAAAAAACGCACCAAAGAGGAGCGGGACCUGCUGAACAAGGCUAAGCCGUUUGCCCGGAUGAUGAACCAUGACGACUUUGAAGAGUUCAGCAAGGGUCUGGAGUACGAGCACAAUCUACGACUGGCCAUCUCCCAACUACAAGAAUGGCGGCAAAUGGGAAUCGGGGAUCUCAAGGGAGGAGAGAAGUACGAGCAGGAAAAGCAGCAGCGCCAACAGCGACUUAUGCCCCAAGGCGCAUUUGACCGGUUCGCCAGCACCCGGCCGAAGCAAAACCAGCAGCCCGAACACCCCACUGCCGCCAGUCAACUAACCACCCCGGAACUCCCAUUGCGACUUCAGAAAGCGGCAGGCGGGGGGGCUAAGGCCCCGGAUCCACCGACCGUCCCCAUGAAUGAUUUCGACCGGGCGUUUGCCGCGACCAACGGCGACGGCGUAGCCACGCCGCAACCCGCGAAAACCAAAUAUGUCAUUCAACCACUGAACGGAGUGAUACCCUGGAAGCUGGAGAAUGAAGGAGCACCGGAUCUCCACCUAUUGACCCAGGAGGAGAUCGAGUUGUGUAAUGUACUCCACCUGCAGCCCAAGCCGUACCUCGUGAUCAAGGAGACCAUGUUGAAGGAGUCGAUGAAGCAAGGUGGGAGCCUGAAAAAGAAGGAUGCGCGAACCUUUUGCAAGAUCGACACGACGAAGGCAAGUCGAAUUUUUGAUUUCAUGGUGCACAGUGGAUGGAUCAACAAGGGGUAGUAGUAGUAGGCUUUCUUUUCUUUUCUUUUCUUAUUAUUCUUAAUUAUUUUUUUUCCCUCCCUAGCGUCUUUUCAGCACGUUCUAUUCAACUGUACAUACACGAUGAGUGACGAAGGGAGUUCGGGGCGUUUGAGAGUCUGUUGGGUUAGAAAUGCAUCACUACUAAACCCACUCGCACGGAGUACAGUUUCAUACUGUAUAACCAGGUAGUUAUUAUCAUGCAUGGAUA